AGAAAAACAGACAAAGGAAUCAGACUUUGUAAUAAAAUCAAAUGGUUGUGUGCCCACCUUAAAAUACCUGGCUCUAGUGUUGUUUUAGUGACACAUUCUGCUUUAAAUCCAGCUAGUGUGAAAGUAAACCUGAAGACACAAUGCAUAUUAGAAAUAAUUGUUUAUUUAUUAAUAUUUUUUUUUAAGAAUUUUUACACAUUGUCUCUGUGUUUACUGGCUGUUAAGAGUAAAAAUGAAAUAAAGAAAAAUAAAUAAAGUGCAAUUGGAAGGCUCAGAAACGUCUUUUCGUUUAGCAUUAAGGUUAUUAUAGAAGUUGGAGCUUGUCCAAUUGUAUUGACAAAUGCAUUAUUUGCUUGGAAUAGUUGUGUGGAUGGGCCAGUUCUGUGUGUGUGUGUGUGUGUGUGUGAGUGAGUGCAUGUAUUAGAGAGUGGCUCAAUCCCACUGAGGUCUGGAGUGAAGAAGCAUCAGGCAUGGAGAGCUGGUAAUAAGACAGGGACAACCCUUUCCCCUCCUGCUCUCUCUCUCUCUCCUCUCAGUGGGAAAGCAGAUCAGUGGAGGAGAGAGAGAGCCGUGUCAUUGAGUGCCAGCAAGAAGAGAGGAGCAGUUAACUCAGACGUGCUGCGGCCCGACACACACAUGCUCUACCUCACAACAACACACAUGUACUCACGGCUGCACGCACAUGCACACUGACACAGCGCUAGCUGGAGUUAGUCUGGAAACAGAGGACAGGCAUCUCUGAAGGCGAGAAGGGGCCUGAAGAAAGAAAGAGAGGGAAGGAGAAAGAGAGAGAGUGAGGAGGGGCUGCUUUGGAACUGACACACUCCAACACCUGAUCUCCACACAGCUGGGAGGAAAACCACGCUGGACACGCUGUCUGAGGAGACAGAGUUGGAUGUGAGAGGCGGUGUGGUGUGGAGAGAACAAGAUCGAGAGAGGGCACGCGAGUCCACGGCCAGAGCCAGCAGCAGGAGCAGCAGCAGCGGUGCAGGGGGAGGAGGAGGAGAAGGAGAAAGCUCCAUGCAGUUCAGCACCAGACCGGCCAGCGCCGAGCCGGGCUUCAUGGGGACAUGGACACAGCAGAGCACUGACAGCAACCUCCUUUUCAGAAUGUCCCAGCAGGCCAUUCGCUGUACUCUGGUAAACUGCACAUGUGAGUGUUUCCAGCCUGGAAAAAUCCACCUGCGGACAUGUGACCAGUGCAAGCAUGGAUGGGUUGCUCAUGCUCUAGACAAGCUGAGCACACAGCAUCUGUACCACCCAACGCAGGUGGAGAUUGUGCAGUCCAAUGUGGUGUUUGACAUUAGCAGUCUGAUGCUGUAUGGAACUCAGGCAGUACCUGUGAGGUUGAAGAUCCUGCUGGACCGUCUGUUCAGCGUCCUCAAACAGGAAGAGGUUCUGCACAUCCUCCAUGGCCUGGGCUGGACCCUGAGAGAUUAUGUUAGAGGCUACAUACUACAGGAUGCUGCAGGCAAGGUUCUGGACAGAUGGACUAUAAUGUCCCGGGAAGAGGAGAUCAUCACUCUGCAACAGUUUCUGCGCUUUGGUGAAACAAAGUCUAUUGUGGAAUUGAUGGCCAUCCAGGAAAAGGAGGGUCAGGCAAUUACAGUGCCCUCAUCAAAGACUGACUCUGGCAUCAGAACUUUUAUUGAAAGCAACAAUCGCACACGUAGUCCUGGCCUUCUGUCGCACCUAGAGAACAACAGCCCCUCUAGCAUUCACCAUUUUGAGAACAUCCCAAACAGUCUGGCCUUCUUGCUGCCCUUCCAGUACAUCAACCCAGUAUCAGCUCCCAUGUUAGGGCUGCCACCAAAUGGACUGACCAUUGAGCAAUCAGGUCUCAGAAUGCGAGAGCCAAAUCUGCCCAAUCAGAGUGAGCAGGUGGAGACCAGUGAAUCUGAAGUGUCCCUCUCACCAUUUCGUAGUGGUCAGAGCCCAAGUCGAGGAGCAAUGGGGACCUUACCCAACGCCAUUGAACCUAAGACAGAACCCAACAGAGCUUCACCCAUCUCUCCAACACCAUCUACACAGCAUUCCCAGCAACCGCAGACACCAACACAGCAACCACAGGGGCAGCAACAGCAGCAGUCAAGCACUCUGAACAAUCACCAGAUCCAUCAUCAUUUUGAAAAGAAUGAACAAUCAAAAACCAUUACACACUCAUCUUUCUCUUCCAAAAUGCAUCGCAUGCGUCGCAUGGGUGCAACCUCACGUAAGGGACGCGUUUGUUGCAACUCCUGUGGCAAGACUUUCUAUGAUAAGGGUACUCUAAAAAUCCACUACAAUGCUGUGCAUCUGAAGAUUAAGCACCGUUGUACUAUUGAAGGCUGCAAUAUGGUCUUCAGCUCAUUGCGAAGUCGUAACCGCCAUAGUGCUAAUCCCAAUCCUCGCUUACAUAUGCCUAUGCUGAGGAACAACCGGGACAAGGAUCUCAUUCGCUCCAGUUCUGGGACGGCCACACCUGUCAUAUCAAGUGCCAAAAGUGGCUUCAGUAUAACUAGCCCAGGGCGGCCACCACUAAGCUUUGCCACCCCUCCUCUUGACCCCAUGAUACAGUCACCUCUGCAGAGCCCUCUUGUCUUCCCUUCCCUGAAGUCUGUGCAGCCAGUGCAACCUGUGCCACCUUUUUAUCGCACACUGCUUUCUCCUGCUGACCUAGUUAGUCCCCCAGUCUCUCUGCCCACAAGUCCAAUUUUGCCUACCACAAUCAACAGCACAUCUUUGACUGACCAGCAACAGAUGUUAGCUGCUAGCUCCCACAACAUGGAUGUAUCUGAAACAUUUUCUCAUCACCUACCCACAACUCCCAGUACCCAAGAUUCCAUGACUCUCGACCCUAUGCCUAAAAAGAAGCCUCGCAAAUCUAGUAUGCCAGUAAAGAUAGAGAAAGAAGUGAUAGAUGUGGCAGAUGACUAUGAUGACAAAGAUGAUGAUGAUGAAGAUAGUUGUCAUCAUCACCACCAUCAGCCAUCCAACAUCCAUAACAAUGUCAAUGGCAACUGCAACAACAACAAUAACAGCAGCAGCAGCAGUCAUCAUUGUGGGGGUAGUGGACAUCAGUCUCCAUCACACGAUGAAAUGAGUCCCAGCCUAGCCCUUAGAGGCAUGCUCCAUCCUGACCAAGAAGAGUGCAUUGGGAGUCAUGGUAGUAGAAGCCACGGCGACCUGCGCUGUAUUGACAGUUUUACCUCUGAGGACCAAGAUCAUGAGCGUGACUUUGAAAAUGAGUCCGAGACAUCUGAAUCCAAGAUGCUCUACCGCGAUGAGCUGAUGGACACUGACGAACAUCAGCCUGCCCUAGAGAGAAACCUGGAUAAGGAACAACAGGGGGUAGAAGAUGAGGGACGCCUCCAGAAAGUUUUGGAGGAACAAAGGCAUUCCCCACCUUCCCAACACCAGCCUGUUAUCAAAAUCAAGGAAGAAAUCAAUGAUCCUACUUAUGACAUGUUUUGCAUGGGUCAAUAUAGCCUUUACAAUGGGGGUAUGGCAGCUGCUGCUGCCGCUGCUGCCAGCAUGGCUGCCUUACAUGAAAGUUUCAUCUCUUCUAUGAGCUAUGGAACAAGCCCACCAAAGUUCCCCUCCCAGUCCCCUGAGGGUGAUCUCUGCUCGAGUCCUGAUCCCAAGAUCUGCUACGUCUGCAAAAAGAGCUUCAAAAGUUCAUACAGUGUUAAACUGCACUACAAGAAUGUGCACCUAAAAGAGAUGCACGUGUGUACUGUGGCUGGAUGCAACGCUGCUUUCCCCUCCCGACGGAGCAGAGAUAGACAUAGCUCCAACAUCAACCUGCACCGCAAACUACUGACCAAAGAGCUGGAUGACAUUGUCCUGGACCCCCAGCUUACGACUUUGCCUAAAGAGCUGCGUGCUGAGUUCUUAUCAAAGAUCUAUACUGACCACCACCUGGGACUGGAGGGGGUGGGAAUUGCUGCCAGUGGACCACCACGAGGCAGAGGACACGAGGGAAUGAGAUCCCCAGUCUCUAGAGAAUACUCACACAGCAACGGCUAUUGCCAUGGCCCCAAUGAUGACUACAUGGUGCUGGACCUGAGCACUGCCUCUAGCGUACAGUCAAGUGGCAGUGUGCAAUCCUCACAGGAGUCUGAUGAGGGCAGCGAUGAUGGCAUCCUGCUGGAUGACCUGGAGGGUGCUAGUGACACUGAGGACUGCAACCCUAGUACUGGGGCUCAGAGACUAGCAAGGGAGGGAAAGGAUGGGGAAGAGGCCAGGAAGGAAGGAAGAGAAGGAGGCACAGAGGAGGGGUUUCUGCGCUGUGACCCUUCCUUCUCACCAUCCGUCUUGGCAUCCAGUGGAGGUAAUGGUACAGGAGGCAUACUUUGCACCAUCUGCCACAAACUGUACAGCAACAAAGGGACCCUUCGGGUGCACUACAAGACUGUCCACCUGCGUGAAAUGCACAAAUGCAAAAUACCUGGCUGUAACAUGAUGUUUUCUUCUGUGAGAAGCAGAAACAGGCAUAGCCAGAACCCCAACCUACACAAAAAUGCCCCCUUAUACAAUGAUUGAUUAGAUCAAUCCACACAACAUCCACUCAACAACCCCUCUCCAUUCCCCACAACAACCCCAUAUUGCUAUAAAAAUAGCAUUGUUUCUCUCAAACGUCUUUUCAAGUAUGAAAAGUUAGAGCAGAAUUGUGCCCUUUUGACAUUUCCGUUUUUGGAAGCAAAGGACUGAACACACAGUAUAACAACAUGAAUCCCUAAAUCCCUGACACAAACUUCUUCUCAAUCUCUUAUUUGUGACUCUUGCCUGCGGAAUUGAUAAUGGAAAAAAAAAAAAUCUUGCAUUUGUGUAAUGAUAGCUUUUAAAAGAAUCCCAUACAAAAGCAUGACUGGCUUAAAUAUGUAAAUAAUGUUGUCAGGGGCUUUGGUGUGAAACAGUUGUAUUGAUGGUUGGUUGAUAUUUUUGUUCAUUUGUUUUUCUUUUUAUUUUACUGUAAUACUUUCAUUUUAAUUAGGUAAGGUAAGCAAGACAAAGUAGCAUCUGCCUAGCUUGAUUCAUAUAUAUUGGCUUUAAAAAAAAUGUUUUAGAAAAGAAAAAAAGUAAAAUAUGUGACUUGUGACUUGUUUUAUCUACCUGUUAGAUAUACAGAUGGAGCUGGCAUGCUUUAGCUCUAACAAAGUACUUUUUUUAUUUUCUCAUGUUUAUAGCUUUAGUAAAAAAUACAAAAAAAUAAAUAAAUAAAAAAUAAAUAAAAAAAGAAAUAAAAAAAAAGGCAAUUUGCAAUACUAGUGGGACUUGUAAUACUAUUACAAGGAUAACACUUUACAAUGAUGGUUGUCCAACAUUAAAAGGACAUUUUUAAGGAUGCAGUGCCAAAUGGUAAUUACUGUACCUUUAACAGAAACGUGCCAGAUCUUUAUAUGAGAGUAAUCUCAUUUGACAUGAUUAAACUCAGUAUUCAUCCCAUUUAGUAAGUGUUUCAGGUAUAUCAUUUGAAUGCAGUAAAUAAGUAUUACUGACUCUGAUCAUAACAUUUGAAGAGUAAACAUUUGAAGAGUAUAAGUGUAUGGUUAAAGGCUGAACUAGCCCAGAGGUUAGGUAGAGAAUCUUUCUACUGCAUGUAGUAUUACUUUAAAAGAGUUAGUAUGUGUCCUGUAAUUUAUUUUGUCUCUAUAAAUUUGAGCAGUUUUAACAUAUAAAAACUAAAUUGACAUUUCAGAGUGCCACAAGAGAGAGGCUCUAAACUGUGAUGAAAUCAAAGACAACAUUCCAAAUCCCAAUGAAAAGAAAUGACAUUGAAAACAACUUACAGUAGUUUGCUAUUUCCUCCAAUGCAUUACUUCCAGACAUUAAUUUACUGUUGGAAUUUUUUUAUCUUUAUCUUGUUCAUGGCAUGCAUUGUCUAUUGGCCACACAAUAACAAGACAAAGAAGAAAGCACUAUUAAAUUUGAACCAGUUAGAGGGUAUGUAGAUAUGAGUAUUUAUUUCUAGUUAUUUGUUUAUAAUAAUUAAUUGAAUGCAAAAUAGCCCUUUGAUGUCUGUUGCUGUCAAUUGGAAUAAAUGAAUUGAAAGAUAAUUAUGAAUGAAUGAAAUGUAAUUUACAAUACUGGAACUCCAUGCAGUUCAGAAGGUUAUUAAUGUUGGACAAAGACUAUUUGCUCCCUCCUUUAUGUGCUAUGAUAGUAGCCUUGCUGUUGUUUUCUGAGAAAAAGAGCAGAUAGAAGGUAUGAACUGUAUCAGCAGUGACAUCAUCAGUGUGUAUAAUUAAAAUGUACUGAUACACAGAACCUGGAGGUAUUUCCACCACUGACCUGUGGCAAUUCAAUAAAUUCAGUGAUUCAGUGAAUGUUGGUGACAAAACUACAUCAUGGAGAGACCCAUAGCUCUUUUACUGGUUUUAUCUUUUCUUUUCCUCCACUGUUUUCUCCUGCUCUGCCGCCACUCUACCCGCUACUUCCUACCUCCAUUACAACUGCUGCCACCGUGGGUGGUUUUAUAGGGACACUGGCUAACAGUGUACACUUCAGUGGAUGGCACACAACACAGAAGAAGGAAUUGUAAUUGCCUGUUUAUUCCAUAUGAGGGGAACAUUGAGCACAUGCAGCAAAGUUUUACUUUCCUGCUAUCUGAAAGGGCUAUGAAAUAAUACCACCUCAAAGGCAUUUGACUGCCUCAAAAACAAUGUUUUUGAGUUACUUUUGUAACUAUUGCCCCAAUAACUGGUCAAUAAGAUGACAGAAACAUUAUGACCUGUUCACCUCAAAACAGAAAGCAUUUUUAGGACUGAAAAAGGCUGGUGCGUUAUUUUAAACCCAAAUAAUAAUAAUAAUAAUAAUUAUUAUUAUUAUUAUUAUUAUAUUGAUUAUAUAAACAUAUGUAUAGAUGGGUAUUGUGAUAUCACAAAGUGAAGGAAGUUAUCAACCUCAUGGCUCCAUACUUUUCAGACAGUUGAACCAAAGACUUCUAGAGAGACACACAGCAUGGAUACAAAGGUAAUCUACCAAGAGAAAGAAAAUUACUUCCAAAUCUGAUUCCCUGAAUACUUACACACUGUGGUUCUGAUAGAAUCAAAUUUAUCUGAUGGUUUUAAAAAUUUGUACAUUGAAAAAUCAGGCAGUACAGUAAAUGGCCAAGUAAUACAUAAAGGAAGGGAAAUGGUCAAUCAUUUAACAGGAGAGAGGUAUGAGAAAAGAUCUCCAGUGCACAGCAGGAUUGGGCAGUCAUUACUGUCCUACAUUGUCCCCACAGAGUUAGGCUUUUACCAUGAAGCCAUUGGCUAAAAGAGUCUGAGUGAGCUUUAAAUAUUUCAUUGCAGCUCUGAGGACAGAGCCAUCACAGACCAUUAACAUUGAAUGCAAUAUCUUGCAAAGGCGAUCUGUAAGUUUGCUGUGUUAACAUUGUUUCUUCGAGGGCAUGGAGUAAUAUAGUACAAAAAUAAGAUCAAACUGAAUUGAAACUGCAGAAUAGAAGACUUACGUCCAACAAAAAUAUCCAUUGUAAUGUCAAAUACAGAGGAGCAUUCUGAUCAGCGUGAUCAAUUAUAUAAAGUAUAAUGAUUCAAAGGGGGAAAAAAAAAAAUCCAUAAUACAUAAUUCAGUCCUAGUAUAAUAUAUUCUGUGUUGUGCAACCACAAACAAUGAGAAAUAAGUCUGAAUUAUUUUGUUGAACUUUUCUUUUGAUCUAAUGUGAUGUUUGGUGCAGUUGUCUUGUUUGAUUGUCCUUGUUGGCCACUGAGGAAAAGUACAUCCACAUCUGAAGAAGUUCACAUUUUGACUUACAAAGGGUGAUAUUGAUAGCUUAAAAAUGCUACUUUAGGUCUAUUUUUUGUUUGUUUGUUUGUUUGUUUUUUCCCUCAUGAGACCGUAUGAUGUCCUCCUUGAAUUUUAAUUUUGGAACAUUUUGUAUCAUAACCUUUUUUUUUUUCAUAACUUUUUUUUUUUUUUUUUGACAUCAAAUGCAUAUGGUUUUGGCGUAUAAAGUGUUUUUUUGUACAAAUCAGAACUCUUGUACAAUUUUAUAUUAAAGAUUUAUGAGUCACUGGCACGUUGAA